AUGAAUGGCGAAAGUAGCUUUGCUUCCACACCCGUUCCAUGGGCCCUCAUGCUACAGUACGAGCGCGCUGAUGUUGUUCUUCAACUACUUCGACAGUUUUCCUUCUUUGACACGGAUAAAUUGAUACUGACAGAACGGGAGGAAGUAAUUUGCUCCGCCGGGAUGCAUUCUGAGGACAUGAACUAUCUUGUUAUUCAUGGUGCGGUGGGGAAUGCUCGGAAGGAUGUUUUUUUGAAACUUCUUCGUUUGGCACGGUUAACCCUUGUACAAGACAUGGCUUCCCAAGUUGUGGUAUGCCCCCAAAUUGGUGAUCUGCUCCCCAAUGCUAUGCUGCACUCUCUUUGGGAAACUGGCCAAGUAAGGGGAUUUCGAAAAUGGAACUGUAUUUAUUGGGCAAUGAAAUGUGGACUUCUUAGAAAGAUUAAACGGAGAAGAGAAAUGAUACAGGUGCAUGUGGAACAAAUUUUAAACUCAAAGGCGCAAACAGUCGGUCGGAAUGCUCCUGAGGAAACCAUUGGAAUUGGCCUUGCAAAUGAAGAGUCUUUUUAUAAGUCUUUUCGGGAUCUUCUUGACUUGGAACAGGAAGAACAAAACGCUCCUCUCGAGAUGUAUCAUACUGCAUUUAGCGAAAAGAGAGUCAAUCUUUCUACUGCGAUCGCCACAGUACCUUCACUCAUUGUGCUGUGGGCAAGCUGGGACGCAGCGUCAAUGGGUUGGAUGCGGGAGCAUAUUUUUAACGUCACAAAGACUUUGAGAGCGAAGACCACACCGACAUUGGGCUUGUAUCUGAAAUAUGAUCCUUGGUUAGAAACUGUAAUGCAGUUUGUUCAUGUGCCUCAACGCAUUAUAGUAACUAAAAGAAGAAUGAAGAAACCCUUAAAACGCGCUCAAAUUGUGUUAAUUAGUGUCGACCGUGAAAAGUUUGCUGCGUGUGAAGCUCUCAAUAGUCUUGUCAAUGAAGUCUCUGGAUGGCAGAGUCCAGAAGUUCCAUUGAUACCAUUAUGGUGUGGGCCUGAUGGCCUUCAAAGUGAUUUAGCGAUGGAUCUUAAUAUCGCAGUACUUCCUUUUUUUGUGGCGACGCAAUUGCCAGAUAAUAAAACGAGGAAGUUUGGUGAUGGAGGUUUUCCUCGUAUAUGUUACAUUACAUCCAAUACCGAGGGCGAUCUAGCUUCAGAUGUAUACAAGAAUACGAUUGAUAAGGCUCCUGUGGAAGGUGUUGAACGUCUCGAUUGGCAUGACAUUGAAGAAAAGGAGCGAAAAAGUGCUAUGAGUGUUAUUCGUCGCUUUUUGGACUCUAGUGACGCGCCCUUAAGAUUUGUUGCUCGUGUAGAUCGCACCUACCAAAUUGACCACACCUCCGCAGCACUCGUGACAAGUUGCCCUAAACCUGAGGUGUCUUCGUUUGUGUCUAUGUCAGGAAUCAUUUCAACGCCUGAUCUACUGAAAUUAAAAGAGGGAAUUAGUGUACUCUCUCAAGUUCGGAAUUUUUUUCUUGAAGUAAAGGUUAUGAGACCUUCUUGUUCUAUCAUUAUUCAGCUUAAUACUAAGACGCCAACUCGGUAUGCUCUUGGAUCAGAACGUACUAUUGCAUGUAGUGAGUGCCUUCAGAAUAUUUUGAUUGACAAAGAGCACCACUUUCGGUGCAUUCAUUGUGAUCAAAGUGAGGGUGUGUUAUGUAGGGUGUGUUUUGCAGCUGGAAAGCAUCCACAUCAUCAUGUGUUACUGCGUAUUCCUACCUGUUCCGAGACGACCUUGCCUCUUCUUUGGGGUCCAUCGAAUGUGUCGCCUUUGGAUCGGUUUUGUGGAACACUUUUGUCAAACGUGAAUGAGACUCAUAUUGGUGUCUACUGUAAUGUUUGCUCGCACCUUAUAUGUGGAGUGCGAUGGAAAUGUGCAAUUUGUUAUCAGUAUGACUUGUGUGAUCGCUGUGAUGAAAAAAGAAGUCGUGAUACGUUUAGAUAUGAUGCCAACUCCUCAAGUGCUUCAACAGGGCUGCCCAGCCCCGUCAAUGCUUUUGCUCCUGUCACCACUCAUCCCAAGGAUCACUUGUUUCUCUGCAUUCGCCAUGGCUGCGGCGUGGAUGGUGACGCAUGUCUGAGUCCUGUGAUGGAGCAGGGUUCAAUGUCUUGCUUCAUGUCACACUGCCGCACGGGGGGGGCUGCGGAGCUCCGACCCCACACCCAGGAGAAGACAUAA